AUGAGGAGCACAUCGCUUUCAAGCGCAUCACUUCCUCUUGCGCAAUGUCAGGUGAGUAUUCCGUACUCUGCCUGCCUGCAUGAGCUCACCAUCGCAGGCUUUCACAAUGCCGAUAUAACCAAAGGCCUGAUCAUCACCGUCGCUAUAUCCUCCUUGACGGCGUCACUGUUCGAUGUCAAGCCGUACUUGCACCUUCAGCUUGUACCGCAUAUCACUAAAUACCAUCAAUUCUUUCGGAUCGCGAUACAUCCCUUUGCAUUCGCCAACUCCACCGAGCUGGUCGUGGGGUUACUAGCACUCUCAAAUGCUGGUAUACCAGUCGAACGGGCAUUCGGGCACCGCAAAUAUGCCGCCUUCCUCCUCCUGUCUUCCCUCCUCUCCACCUUCUUCGCACUCGUCGCUCUCAUUCCCGGCCAUAGCUUCGGUCUGAGAUACAUACCCUCCGGCCCAUAUGGUGUUCUAUUCAGCCUAUUAUGGCAGAAACACCGAAUCGUCCCUGCGGUGUAUUCGUUCCGGAUCAUGGGGAUUGACUUCUCACCGAAGACAUUCUUCUACAUUCUGGUUCUGCAACUCAUCCUGUCCGACAUGCCAGCUUCCGGCUUGGCAGCCACAACAGGCCUCCUCACGGGCUACAUAUCUCACCUAGACGCCCUUCCUAUACCCCACACUCCCUUCACUCGGCGCCGCCUCCUCCGUCCUCUGAAAGCCUAUCGGCUGCCUUCGUCUAUCGCCGCUCUCCUCUCCCGCCUAUUCAGCCCGAUCAUGGGCUCCGCUGCUGCCCCUCGGAGGAGCCAUCGGGUUGUCCCUGGACAGACAAACGAAAGCCAACUUCGUGCCCAGGCAGGUGCACUAGCGGCGCUCCUAGGCGGAAGAAUGGGGUUGGCGCCUACGAGACCGGCUGCUCCGAGGGCGGUAGUUGCUGCAGCCGCGAGAAGGGGCCCGGUCGUGAAUGAGGGGUUACCGGGACAUCCCGCGCCUGCGACCGCGGCAGGAGGGAGCGCGCCAUCCACGCCAGCGAGGCAGGCGACGGGUAUGAGAGGGCAAGUGGAAGGUGUAAGGGCCGGGACGCAGGUCGCGAGGGCGGCGGUAGGGGAGUGGGUGUCUGAGCUGGCGGGUGGGUCGGAGGCGAGAGCGCCGACUGAGCCGGAGAUUGCUGCGCUCAGCAGUAUGUUUCCCAAUAUGUCGCGGGACAGGAUUGUUCGAGCACUACAGAGGAACGACUACAACACAGCGCAGGCGGUGGAGGCGUUGCUAGAGGAGAAUACAUGA